AUGUCCUCUUUUUCAGUAGGCUCCAGCAGUAGCAAUAUUCAGCAGAUUCAGAACUCAACUUCAACAUCUGGUGCUGCAAUACCUUGGCCUAGCCAUCUGCCUGUGACUUUUAGACAAGUUCCAUAUGAUAUUAAAUCCAGUGAUUCACUUGAUCAAUUAUGUCUUAGAAAUCUUGGAUUUGUUGGAAAAGCUAACUGCAUACCAAUGAAGGAAGAACCAGAUUUGAUCAGAUAUCCAAAUGUGAGCCAGCCAGUUCUACAGAGUUAUCCAUUUCAUGACCAUUCAAGUGCAUUCACAUAA